UUUCCUAACUCCGUUACCAUCUUUUGGCGGGAAACAAAAAACCCUCACCCUCAACCAAACAAUGGCAGAAGAAGAAAUAUCGGCGGCUGGUGGAGAAACAGAACAAGAAGUAGAAGAAGAAUUCUCCGUUUGGAAGAAGAACACGCCGUUACUCUACGAUCUUGUCGUCUGUCACGCACUUGAAUGGCCUUCUCUCACCGUUCAAUGGCUUCCCUCACCCACCGUUAACGACGGUGCUUUUGCCGUCCACAAACUCAUUCUCGGAACUCACACCUCCGAUGAUUUCCCUAACUUCCUCAUGGUCGCUAAUGUUCAUCUGCCACGUAAUCCUGCUUCUGGACUUGAACACAAUCUCAUUAAUCCUCAAAUCCCUAAGGUAGAGAUAGUACAGAGGAUACAUGUUGAUGGAGAAGUUAAUAGGGCGAGAUGUAUACCACAGAAGCCAGCUGUAGUUGGAGCAAAGACUAGUAGCUCUGAAGUUUAUGUCUUUGACUCUUCUAAACAGCCCCUAGAUCAUGAAGGGGGAUCUUGUAACCCUGAUGUUAGACUUAGAGGGCAUGAUAAAGAAGGUUAUGGUUUGUCUUGGAGCCCAUUUAAAGAGGGUUUUCUUUUGAGUGGUUCAAAUGAUCGUAAGAUUUGUUUGUGGGAUGUAUCUGCAAUGCCUCAAGACAAAGUGCUUAUGGCCCAUCAUACGUAUGAGGAGCAUGAAGAUGUAGUUGAGGACGUGUCAUGGCAUCCAAAGAACGAGAACUUAUUUGGUUCCGUCGGAGAUGAUUGUCGUCUGAUCAUUUGGGACUUACGCACAAACAAGGCCCAACACUCAGUUUUAGUGCACGAGAAAGAGGUGAAUUAUUUAUCUUUCAACUCUUAUAAUGAGUGGGUUCUUGCUACAGCGUCGUCAGAUAGUACUGUUGGUCUCUUCGACAUGCGAAAGCUGAGCACUCCGUUGCAUGUGUUCGGCAGUCAUACCGAUGAGGUAUUCCAGGUAGAAUGGGAUCCUAAUCAUGAGACUGUACUGGCAUCUUCAGGUGGUGACAGAAGGUUGAUGGUCUGGGAUCUUAACAGGAUUGGUGAUGAGCAAUUGGAAGGGGAAGCUGAAGACGGGCCCUCUGAACUUCUUUUCUCUCAUGGUGGUCAUAAAGCAAAGAUAUCUGACUUUUCGUGGAACAAGAAUGAGCCAUGGGUCAUUUCAAGUGUGGCAGAAGACAAUACUGUCCAAAUCUGGCAGAUGGCUGAGAGCAUCUACCGUGAUGACGAUGACAACGUCGACUGCUGAGUUUCCAAACUCUGAAUGUUCAAUUUUUGGUGCAUUUUCUUCUCCAUCAGUUUGAGGCCGUUGUAUUUGUCUCUGCAGAUUUAUGAGCUAGACGAGUGCCGUUAAUUUGCACUUGUAUGUGGCGUUGGAUAUAACUUAAUUAGAUGCAGGUUUAUUAAUAUUAACUAGAAGAGUAUUGUUGAUAUGUACUUGUAUGUCAGAUUGCAUGCUAACUAGUUACAGAACCGUCUAAGGUUCUAGCUUGGAAUGAGAACUUUUUGAUAGGGAGCGCUUUACCCUCUCAGGAAAUCUGAAUUAAUCGGGUUAACGGA